AUGUGGUCAACCGGAACAUCAACUUCACCAACGUCUGCAUCAAGCGCUGCGGCCUUCUGCGCCUUCAGCCGUGAUUUCCGCGAGGAGGAAGGCUACUUCCUGCCCGUCAACGAGAUCAUACGCCGCGCCAAAGAGGCUCAGGAAUACGGCGCCACCGAGGUCUGCGUUCAGGCCGGCCUGCCUCCCCAAAUGGAAGGCGACCUCUACAUCCGCCUCUGCGAGGCCAUCAAGGAAGAGCUGCCCGACAUCCACGUCCACGGCUUCUCCCCCGAGGAAGUGCUCUACGGCUCCAUUCGCUCCAAGUGCACCAUCCGCGAGUACCUCCAGGGUCUCAAAGACGCCGGCGUCGGCAGCCUGCCCGGAACCUCCGCCGAGGUCCUGGACCAGGACCUGCGCGACAUAAUCUCCCCCGGGCGCAUCACCGUCGACCAAUGGCUCGAGGUCAUCACCAACGCCCACGACUUGGGCAUACCGACCACCUCCACCGUCAUGUUCGGGCAUCGGGAAACCAACGCCCAGAUCGUUCGCCACAUCGCCCUGCUCCGUGACAUCCAGCAGCAGACCGGCGGCUUCACCGAGUUCGUGCCGCUCAGUUUCGUCGCCUCCGAAGCCCCCAUGUUCCUCCAGGGCACCGUCGAAAACGUCCGCUCCGGACCCACCGGCAUGGACGUCAUCAAGGUCCACGCCAUCGCUCGCAUCAUGCUCAACAACUGGAUCCCCAACAUCCAGGCAUCCUGGGUGAAGGAGGGCAGCCGCAUGUCCCAGCUCCUCCUCAACGCCGGCGUCAACGACCUCGGCGGCACCCUCAUCAACGAGAGCAUCUCCACCUCCGCCGGCGCCAUGCACGGCCAGCUCAUGCGACCCUCCGAGUUCCGCUCGAUGAUCCGUGAGGCCGGCCGUACCCCAGCCGAACGCUACACCACCUACGGCUUGCGCCGGGUCUACAGCGACGCGGACGAGGCUCUCGACCCCCUGGACCUCGUCGGCGACAACGUCGAGGAGAUCUUCGGCUCCUACAACCAGUUGGUGCAGAUGGAAGGCUACCGGUUCGAGCAUCCCCGCGCCCAGCGGGAACGGAACGCCGUGCAGCCGACGGCCUAG